AUGAAGGUAACAAGCAUCUUUCUUCUUAGUGCUUUGGCCCUGUUGAGUUUAUCUGGUAACACCAGAGCUGGCUUGGAGGGAAGAGAGGCUAAAUGUAACACUGAAACAAAUGCAUGUACCAAGAUCUAUGAUCCUGUCUGUGGGACUGAUGGAGAAACGUAUUCUAAUGAAUGUGUGUUAUGUGUUCAAAAUAAGAAGCGUCAGACCCCUGUCUUCAUUCAAAAAUCUGGACCUUGCUGA